AUGUCUGCAGAACCUGAUCACACCCACGACAAGAAGAAGGUCAACCUACACGAUGCCUCCGGCGCGGAGAAGAAAGAGGAGCUCGACACGGCCACGGCCAUUCUGAAAAAGAAGAAGAAGCCAAACUCGUUGAUUGUGACCGACGCUACGAACGAUGACAACUCCAUCAUUGCGCUGUCAAACAACACAAUGGAGACGUUACAGCUGUUCAGAGGCGACACCGUCCUUGUUAGGGGAAAGAAACGCAAGGACACCGUCCUGAUCGUCCUGGCCGAUGACGACCUUGAUGAUGGUAGUGCUCGCAUCAACAGAGUGGUUCGCCACAACCUCAGAGUCAAGCACGGCGAUAUCAUCACUGUCCACCCUUGCCCUGACAUCAAAUAUGCGAAGCGCAUUGCUGUUCUUCCUAUCGCAGACACUGUUGAGGGUCUGACUGGUUCUCUCUUCGAUGUCUUCCUCGCCCCCUAUUUCCGCGAGGCCUAUCGGCCCGUCCGGCAAGGAGAUCUCUUCACGGUUCGAGCCAGUAUGAGACAAGUAGAAUUCAAAGUGGUCGAAGUGGACCCUCCGGAAUAUGGCAUCGUGGCACAAGACACCGUCAUUCACUGCGAAGGAGACCCGAUCCAGCGUGAAGACGAGGAAGGAAACCUGAAUGAGGUCGGGUACGACGAUAUUGGUGGUUGCAGAAAGCAGAUGGCACAAAUCCGUGAACUGGUUGAGUUGCCACUGCGACAUCCUCAACUGUUCAAGUCUAUCGGUAUCAAACCUCCGCGAGGAAUCCUCAUGUUCGGCCCUCCGGGUACUGGCAAGACCCUGAUGGCUCGAGCUGUCGCCAACGAAACCGGUGCUUUCUUCUUCCUCAUCAACGGCCCCGAAAUCAUGUCAAAAAUGGCCGGUGAAUCAGAGUCCAACCUCAGAAAAGCUUUCGAGGAAGCUGAGAAGAACUCUCCCGCCAUUAUCUUCAUCGACGAAAUCGACUCUAUUGCGCCAAAGCGAGAGAAGACCAACGGCGAAGUUGAGCGACGUGUUGUUUCGCAACUGCUCACGCUCAUGGAUGGCAUGAAAGCGCGGUCCAACGUCGUCGUGAUGGCCGCCACCAACCGACCCAACUCGAUUGAUCCGGCCCUGCGACGGUUCGGUCGGUUUGAUCGCGAAGUUGACAUUGGUAUUCCAGACCCGACCGGCCGCCUGGAGAUCCUCCAAAUUCACACCAAGAACAUGAAACUGGCCGAGGAUGUCGAUCUCGAGUCGAUCGCCGCCGAGACCCAUGGUUACGUUGGUUCCGAUAUUGCGUCCCUCUGCUCUGAGGCCGCCAUGCAGCAGAUUCGAGAGAAGAUGGAUCUCAUCGAUCUGGACGAGGACACCAUCGAUGCCGAGGUGUUGGAUUCGCUCGGAGUGACUAUGGACAACUUCCGCUAUGCUCUGGGUGUCUCCAACCCGUCUGCUCUCCGUGAGGUGGCAGUGGUCGAAGUUCCCAAUGUCCGCUGGGACGACAUUGGUGGUCUCGAGGGCGUCAAGCGCGAGCUUAUCGAAUCCGUGCAAUACCCCGUGGACCAUCCCGAGAAAUUCCUCAAAUUCGGCCUUUCACCGUCUCGAGGAGUCUUAUUCUAUGGUCCUCCUGGUACUGGUAAGACUAUGCUUGCCAAAGCCGUGGCCAAUGAAUGUGCCGCAAAUUUCAUCUCUGUGAAGGGGCCUGAGCUUCUGAGUAUGUGGUUUGGCGAAUCUGAAAGCAACAUUCGAGACAUUUUCGACAAGGCACGCGCCGCCGCUCCUUGUGUGGUUUUCCUGGACGAACUUGACUCCAUCGCUAAAUCUCGUGGUGGCUCCCUGGGCGACGCGGGUGGCGCAUCCGAUCGAGUUGUCAACCAACUGCUUACUGAGAUGGACGGCAUGACCUCCAAGAAGAACGUGUUCGUCAUCGGCGCAACCAACCGACCUGAACAGCUCGACAACGCUCUUUGUCGACCCGGACGUCUGGAUACCUUGGUCUACGUUCCGCUUCCCGACGAGGCCUCCCGUGAAUCCAUUCUCCGGGCGCAGUUGCGCAAGACUCCUGUCGCAUCAGACGUGGAUCUCAAGUACAUUGCCAGCAAAACUCACGGUUUCUCGGGUGCCGACUUGGGAUUCGUCACGCAACGUGCGGUCAAACUCGCCAUCAAGGAGUCCAUCGCAUUGGACAUUGAAAGACAGAAGGAACGCGAGGCUGCUGGUGAGGACGCGAUGGAUGCCGAUGAAGGAGAAGAUCCGGUGCCAGAGUUGACUCGACGACACUUCGAGGAGGCCAUGCAAGCCGCACGCCGGUCGGUCAGCGAUGUGGAAAUCCGCCGCUACGAAGCCUUUGCUCAGGCUAUGAAACAGAGCGGUGGCAGUGCUUUCUUCAAAUUCCCUUCUGCUGGCCAAGAGGCUGAUGCCGCCAACGGUACUGGCUUCGGUGAUGCCGGCAACGAUGACAGCUUGUAUGACUAA